UUUCUCUUUGUAAUAACCUCCUCGUUAAUUUGAAAUGUGGAGUUCAUUUCGCUCUUUGUAUUUUUUGAUAAGUUAACAUGACAAAAUUAUUGGAGUGGUUGUGCUUUUUGCUUGUUUAUUUUGUUACAUGGUUGUUAGUUCUAACUAAGUACAUUAAUCUUAAUAUCUCUGAUGAGUGGAACAGUUUUGUUGUUUAUUUCCCAGUUUAUACAGUUUUUUUAGUUGGUAUCUACUCUCUGAUAGUAGUUUUGUGGAGAGUAUAUUCCUUCAACGACUGUCCAGAGGCAGCUAAGGAAUUACAACAACAAAUCAAAGCUGCAAGAGAAGAUUUGAAAUUGAAGGGAUUGCGAAUUUAAUCUGAGAUUAAUAACAACUAUUCUUUCAAUUUUUUUUUUUUAUAACAAAUAUUUAUAUUUCAACAGUUUACAGAUAAAAUAAAGGAACUUAUUGUUAAGAUUGUAAACAAUUUUAUUACAAAGCUAUUUAAUGAAUAAAUAAUAUCUUACAUACAAGGUAUCAGAUAUAAUGGAGUACCCAUGACAUUAUGCUUAACCUAUUUCUUAUAAAUUAAUAAAUAAACAUGAAAGUUUGUAUGCCAUAUAACGUUGCGACAGCAAAGAUGUCAGACUAGGUAGAUAUGCUCAACCUCUUCAUAAUAGAUACACCAUUUAAAAAAAAUAAAUAAAUAUCCGGGAGAGAACUUCAGUCAUUACAACAUUUUAUUACAAUUCGUCUUUUAAGUAUUUUGGUUUAAGGGACUCUAUCCUCUUAAUAAAAUCUGUUUUUUCAAUACAACCAUCACAGUCUUCUUCCCAAUCACUGAGGAUUUUCUUCAAGUCUCUCACUUUAAGCUUCUUUAGGUCAACGGUCUUUAAAUCAAUAGUUCUUUCUACAAAUAAAAUUAUAAAUAAAUUAUUAUCAUGUCUUAUGCUAAUAACUACAACAAAAUUGCUGAAAAACAUAUUAACACUUCAUAACUCAGAUUGGUGGGGUAUAAACAGGAGGUGGUUAAUUAAGAAAAUGAGAUAUUUUAUUCAUACUUUCAGGCUGAAGCACCUCCAAAAUAGUAAAAUAUAACCAUGUUUUAUAAAGAAUUAUCUCUAAAAGUGUUAUUGUUCAUCUAGAUAUAUAUAUAUUUUUUAAAUAGUUAUAUGUAAUAGUAUCUAAAGAAUCAUAUAAACACAUAGAUAGUUUCUUUCUUUCUUAUGAUAUAGAAUGAAUUCUUAUGAUAGAAUGAUAUAUAUAUAUAUAUAUAUACAAGAAAAAUCUUUCGGGCUGAUACCCCCCCCCUCCAAAUUAAAUCCUGGAUCUGUUGAUGGUUGUAUGUUAUGUUUGCGUUGUUCAGACUAAGUGGUGAUCAGAAAUAAUACUGUAACGACAAGAGAUUUAAGAACUAGAAAUGAUAUUCUGAUUUCCAUAUUCAAAUAUCAGAAUAAGAAGAGUGGAAUAAGUCAAUGUAACAUACUUAGUAGAUAUAUAAGAUAUAGUAAUUAUUAUAUGCUGAUAAAUAAAACCAACAGAUGACUAGUUCUAUAUUUCAAGUGCAGGAAAAGCUACUUAGAUAAUAAAUUCUUAUGUAAGUGAUGUUAGCAAUGUCAAGAAAUAUAUAAAAAAUAAAAUUAAUAAUUUUAUAUAGUGAUUCUUAAUAUUAAAAAAAAAAAUUAAAGUUUUAUUAAUAAAUGACCCAUCAGCAUUUGUGGUUUUAUAUUUUAGAAUAAUACGUUUUUAUCAGGUCAAUAUUACUUGAUUUUAGCAUUAUAUAAUAUAAUGGCUCUGACUCAAACAUAAAUAAAAAAUCAUUACAUCUUUAAUCCUGUACCAAAAUAUUUUUUUCUAGAUUAAACAUAGCCUUAGUUAAUCAUAUGGGUCAUUUCCAAAUUUCAGUCACUUAGGACAUUUGUCUUUUAAAGAAUCUUUUGAGUUAUUUUAGCAAGUUGCAAUACUAUGGGGAGUGAGCAUUUAAACUUACAAGAGCACAAAAGCUUUUGAAAAAGAGUUAGUUCAAAAUAUUGUCAAACAAAUUACUCUCUUGUUUUACUCACUAAGUAUGAUUAAAUUUCAAUUACACUUACGUACUAGAAAGUGGGAUAGUAAAAAAAUACUUAUUAUUUUCAAUGAAAUAAUUAUUCUCUAUACUAAGGCAAAGAUCUAGAUAUGAAAAUAAGAAAUAAAUUUUUAAGAGAGUGAGCAUCAACAUCAAUGGCGCUCUUAAAAUUGUUAGGUCAUGUGUAACGCAUUAAUCAAUAUUUUUUAAAUUUGAAUUAUCAAGAUUAGCCAUCAUAUCAUUUCACAAUAAUCCUGGAUGUAAGUACCUUUUUAAUGCAACAGCACUAGCAUAUAUAUAAUCACCAUUUCACAAUAAUGAUGAUAUACUAAAUUAGAUAAAUAAUUGCAAAUGCUACCAAACAAUUAAUGAGAAAUAUGCUUCUAAAAUAGCAGACCAUGAGAAAAAAAUAUUUAACUCCUUUCAGUUGUGAUAUGACUCUAUUAUUACUUAAAUGUUUUCUUAACAUUUAAGAAUUAUAUCCUAUCAAAAUAAUAGUCAUUUUAAUAAAAAUAACAACCAUAAAAAGGAUAUCAGACACCAAAAUAAAAGGUAUUAAUAAAAUUGCAUACCAUAUCGCAGAGCACAUAUUCCUCCAACUUUUGUUGCUAAUCGUUCACAUAGUUUAUCAAUUGGUAAAGAAUAAGACAGCGGUUUUGAUAAAUCUCUCAGAAUACUUGUGGCAGACUCCUCUAACCCACCGAGGUAAUAACACUA